CAAGAUACUUAAACUAUGAUCUUCAAAGAUUCUCCAGGCACAGAUGAGUGCAUCUUUGUCAGACAAGUGUGUAAAUCCUGCAGCAAAAACAGCCAGAUGAGACAUAACGGGAUUUGUGAUAUUUGGAAAAGCAUUCAAGAAGGAAGGAAUCAAGGGACAAACCCUCCAGCUGGACCAAGUGAUGCAAUACCUGCUGAUAUUAGUAAUACCAACUCGAGCAGCAACCAGAGUCCCAGUGAUGUCCCCGUGAACAUUGUCUCUUUGGUUCCCAGCGAGGCCUUGAGCUCUUCAGACAGUCAGGUAUCAGAUGGAGACAAAGCUGGUGCCACGCUACUGUUCUCCGGGGUCUUCUUGGGCAUGGUUGGCAUGACUUUUACAGCUAUGGGGUGGGCAAAAAACAAUGGCAGCAAUGGCUAUGAAUGGACACAGCUUCUGGGACCCAUUCUUCUGUCAGUAGGAGGAACAUUUGUGCUCAUAAGCAUCUGCAAGUUUCGAAUGCUGUCUUGCCUGAGCUGCAAGCAGAUUGAGGAGGAGAUAACACCUGAAGUGGAUACUUUGCCACCGCUUUCAGGGCCUUCGUUUGUCUUCACUAGACUCAGUCAGCCCAUUACCUUCCACAGGGGUACAGUGGUCCAGUACAUCCCGCCACCAUAUGCUUCUGUAGAACCAGACCAUGGUCUAGGCAAUGUUAAUGGUUUGCACUCCAGUCACCAGCCAUUAGCAGUCACAGUGAGCGGACCACCACAGUAUUACAGUGUGUUUCCGAUGGACAACGCUGGCUUUAUUUCUGGUGAACAUAACAACCCCACCGUACAAAGGGGAAACAGGAAUGCGAGCGUCUCGGAUGAAGAGGGGAAAGCGGGUGCAGCAGACAGCGCCUCCUCUCCACCUGCAUACGAGGAGCUUUUCGCCACCUCAUGUGACUCGUACUCCUGAUUAACCAAAUUACGCAGAACUUUCCAAAUAAAGUUCAUGUUUACUACG